AUGGAAUACACAUUUAUUAGCAGGAACACCCUUGAUCGAAUUGUGGAAGAGUAUAUAACCAAUCUUCCAAGAGCGAAACAAGCAAAGGCCUUAAUCAAUAAUGAACUUUUAAAUAAAAUUAAAACAAUUUUAUUAAAUCCUAAAGACACCUCAUUGUAUGAUAAAAACCUACGCGGUUGGACUAAAAAAAAAUUUGAGUUAGAGGAAAUUAUGCCUGGAGAUUACAGAGUAAUCGUAAAGGCUUCAAAAAACCCUAUGCUUAUAACUGAAAGAGCGCUCACAUCCAAGAGACCAAUUGAGGUUGCAUCGUAUCUCUUUGACCUUUUUCAUCUAAUUGGAUCAUCACUCACUAUUCUGCAAUCGGACAAUGGCAAAGAGUUCGUUGCACAAGUUAUCAAAGAGUUGGUUGGACUCUGGCCCUCUGUAAAGAUAAUCAAUGGGCGCCCUAGGCAUCCUCAGUCACAAGGUCUUGUCGAACGGGCGAAUGGUAUUUUAGAACAAAAAUUGGGAAAAUGGAGAGAAACAACUGGUCGAAAUGACUGGUCAUUUGGUUUGAGAUUAGUCGUAGUUGCCAUGAAUAAUUCAUGGUGUAGAUCACAUAAAAAAACUCCCUAUGAGCUAGUUUAUGGAGACAAACCUCGUAGUAAUUGUACUCUUGUUGACGAAUUAUAUGCCAAUAAUAUCUUUGAUGAAGAGGAUGUUCCAGAUACAGUAGAGAUCCCGAAUGGUGAAAUUGACUUAGAUGAUGACAUGGCUGAAUUUUUACCUGAUGAUGAUCCAGAAAUAUCACCCAACUAUAUUGGUUGUUCAGUACCGUUGCAUGAUAAUUGUUUAGUACAAUUAUCUAAAAGUCCAGUGCUUUCACCUGAAAUUUCAGUAUCUUCACCCAGUUUAGUCUCUUCGCUCAGUUCAGUCUCUUCGCCCAGUUUAGUGUCUUCGCCUAGUUCAGUGUCUUCGCCCAGUUCAGUGUCUUUGCCCAGUUGUAGUCAAGUGCUUUUGCCCAGUAAUCAAGGUCAUGAGCAAGUUUUUUUGCCCAGUAAUCAAAGUUGUGAUCAAAUGCCUUCGCCUGGUAAUAAUCAAGAUUGUGGCCAAGUAUCUUCGCCUGGUUAUGAGCAAGUUUUUUCUCCCAGUAAUCAAAGUUGCUGUAAAGUGCCUUCGCCCAGUAAUAAUCACCAAGUGCUUUUGCUUGGUAAUCAAAGUUGUAAUCAAAUGCCUUCGCCCGGUGAAAAUCAAGAUUGUUGUCAAGUAUCUUCGUUCAGUUGUGAGCAAGUUUUUUUGCCCAGAAAUCAAAGUUGUGUGCAAGUUUUUUUGCCUAGUAAUCAAAGUUGCAGUCAAGUGCUUUCGCCUAGUAAUAAUCAAGUACUUUCGUCUGGUUGUGUUCAAGUGCUUUCGCCUGGUAAUCGAGGUUGUAGUCAAGUUUUUUCGCCCAGUAAUCAAAGUUUUAUUCAAAUGCCUUCGCCCGGUAAUAAUCUAGGUUGUAGUCAGAUAUCUUCGCCCAGUUGUGAGCAAGUUUUUUUGUCUAGUAAUCAAAGUUGCAGUCAAGUGCCUUCGCCCGGUAAUAAAAAUUGUGAUCAAGUGCUUUCACCCGGUAACCAAAAUUAUAAUCAAGUGCCUUCACCUGAUGUCCUCGUUGAUGACUCUGUAUCUUUGACUACUGAUUAUGUUAGUUCUUCUGAACCUUUAUCUGAGAAUUGUGUUGGCCGUCAAAAGCUUUUGUCUAAUAACCGUAGUAUGUUUUGUGUUUCAGCUGAUAAUUGUUAUUGA